AUGUACAUUGCAUUCACCGAUGUGCAGGCCGUGCGGACCAAGAAGCCGGUCCUCACGAGGAAGGGGCGGCUCAUGGUGCCUGGGGUGGAGGAUGAUGCCGUCUUGGCGAUGUACAACGUGGCGCACGGUGACGACAUGAAGGAUCUAGUGGGAUGCAUGCGGGCAGCUGGGGUGAAGGCGGAGCGCGUCCAGGCACACACCGCCGUGGCCAUACCGCGCACGCGGGGGGGAGCUUUGGUGGCGAAGGGCACGUUUGUGAAAGCGAGCCCGGGGGAGAAGUGGUUUUCAGAUGUGGCCCUGUUAUCUCCUAAAGGGGGGGAGUGGUUUGCAAAGGUGUUGUGCAUCUUCAAGGCGGCUGGGGAUGAGGGUGAGCCUAAGGGCUACAUGUACGUGCGGUACUUUGAGCAGGCUGGAAUCUGCCCCCUGACCACAUGCAUCCAGCUAACACCCCACCAAAAGGAGACCAGGUUUGCUGUGGUAGAGGUGGCGACGAUUCUGAGGGUGGUGCACAUUUGCCGGAGCUUCAGUAACCCCAAGGUGCUCCUGGUGAACAAGUUUCUGCUUAUAGAGUGA